CAUGUCCUAAUUCAUAGCAAAUCAUUUGUUCUUUUGACUUCAGGGAGAAGUUUGUAUUCUUCCAACUGUGGUCCUUUUUUUUGUUUCCACAUUACUAAUUUCCAUCUCUGCCAUUGUGGCUGUGUGUUCAGCUGCCUAAACUCAGUUGUGGAAUUACCUUCUUAAACUUUCUGACCUUGCUACUACUCCCUUCCUUUAAGAUAAGCCUUAAAACCUAAGCCUUUAUGUGGCUCAUUUCAUUUGAUUUUUAUUUUACUGUUAAAUGUGCUACAUAAAUCAAAGCUGUGGCUGCUGUUUUAUAAAAUAGAGGAAACUCUCUGAUGUAAAAUGGUGUGUUCUGUGGUUUCAAAGUGUAGUUGCUUGAUAUCUUUGCAUGAAUGUCCCAGAAGUCACCUUCCAACAAGGAUGGUUCAAAAGGCCUAUGGAUCCCAGCAGCCUCUGCAGUUUGUCAGGCACAAGAAAGUGAACAAUGUGAACUACUGAUACUGACAGAAAGAUUGCCUGUGCAGGAUUCAAUACCCAACACUAAAUUUUCAACUAACCAGAGGCCGCUCAAGCGUUUCGCUAAUCCUUCUACCAAUGAAUGCAUGCCAAAAAGAAAAAGGAGUUUUUCUCCCAAACUAUCCCCUCCUUGCUCUCCCAGUGCGGACUGUAAGUAUACUAUUAAGGCAACACCUGCACGACAUCGAAUGAGUGCUGGCCACUUUUCCGCAUGGGGUACAGAAGAUAAUGAAGUCCUAUACUAUAUGCAGAAAGACACUGGCAGUGAUCCCCAGUCUGAGGACCCUGCAGCUGCUCUGACAUCUCACCAAGAAGCACCCAGAUCGCCUCAAAGCUCCCAGAAUUCUGGUGACAACUGUGCAAAUGAAAAGAACAGAUUUACUAUCUCCCCAUUUAGAGCAAUCCAGACCAAGAAUAAACAGAAACACUUUGCAACCUGGAUGAGAUCUAACUCAACAACAAACCCAAAAACAUUAUUUUAUACCCAGUUUGAUGAAAGGCUGGUCAACACUUGUAAAACAUCUAUACCCAAAGACUCUGAUAUAAUUGAAGAAGGAAUCUCUCCCACUUCAGAGAUGUGGAUUUGUGAUACUUGUUCAUUUACAAAUAAAGGUCCAUCUGUGAAAUGUAGGGUCUGUGACGUACUGAAAUAUGGAAUAAUAACACAAAACUGUGAAAGGACCCUGUCAAACGGUAAUUAUUGUUACCAAGAAUUUUCUGUCCUGUAAUGACAAAUAGAUUAAGAUAAGUAAGUUAAUAGAUGUACUUUUGUAAUUGAAUGUUGCUAAUUUAACAGCCUUACAGUAAACCUUAUGACACUUUUGAGGUGAAUCCAUAAGUUGGCUAAACAAGUAGAACUGUGUCAACAGGGCAAGGUGUCAAUAGUGGUGUCAAAGGUGAUUCAUCGUUGAGGCUCUUCCAGCUUACAAUGUAUGUCAGGGAUUUGACGGGAAGAAUAAAAGCUCUGAUUAAGUUUGAGAUUUGAUUUUGAAGGGAUUUCAAAUCGGAGAAUGAGCCUAAAUGCACAAGGCUGGGCAGGUGGACUGAUGUAUGGCAAAUUAGUUAAUAAUUACAAAGUUCUGAAACUAGUAAAGAGCAAUAAAUAGUGGGAAUCAACUAUCAAUCAGUUUUCAGACUAUAGGCCAAAGCAGAUGAGAGAAAGAUUUGGAAGGAGGUAUUGAUGGAUAAUUGACAGCUGCAAUGAAGAAAUCUAACUCGGUCUUGGGACAUAUGGUGAAGAAUACAUAACAAAUCCCAG